AUGAAUUCUUACCUUGGAGCAAGAUGCCCGAUCCGAACCGCUCCGAUAAAAUGGCAACGGUCUUACGCGUCUCAGGCUGCUCGUGCAAUGGCACCGCGCCACCUACUCUCGAUAGCUGAUCUCAGCGCAUUGGAGCUCCACAAACUCGUUGAAAAUGCAUCGGCAUGGAAGACGGCGGCAAAGUGUGGCCUCACGGCGCGGGAGAAAGCAAGCGGACUCGCGAGCCAAACAAUAGCCAUGAUUUUUUCCAAGCGCAGCACGCGCACACGAGUUUCUACGGAGGCCGCCGUUACCAUGCUUGGCGGGCAUCCCAUGUUUCUUGGCUCCGGUGACAUCCAAUUGGGAGUGAAUGAAUCACGACGCGACAGCGCAAUUGUCAUCUCGUCCAUGACAGCCGGAAUUGUCGCGCGAGUCGGAGGCCACUCCGAGGUUGUCGAUCUCGCCAAGUUUUCGUCUGUUCCCGUGAUAAACGCUCUCUCGAAAGAUUUUCACCCCAUGCAGACCAUUGCCGACAUCCUCACCAUAAAGGAAGCAUUCGUAGGGCGACAAGCUGCACUCCAUGGUUUGAAGCUAGCAUGGGUUGGUGAUGCCAGUAACGUACUCUUCGACCUUGCCAUCGGUGCCAUGAAACUCGGCAUCAAUCUUUCGGUCGCCACUCCACCUGGCUACGGCAUCCCUACCGCUAUACAGAAUCUCAUCGAGUCUGCAAACACAAGCGGCGCCUCCUUCAGCAUGACAAACGUGCCACAAGAGGCUAUGAAGGACGCCGACGUCAUCGUGACCGACACUUGGAUCUCAAUGGGACAAGAGGUAGAAGCUGCCGAGAGACGCAAAGCGUUUGCCGGCUAUCAAAUCACCGAAAAUCUUGCCAAACAAUCCGGUGCUAAACCUGACUGGAAAUUCAUGCACUGCUUGCCGCGCCACGAAGAUGAAGUAGACGACAAUGUGUUCUAUGGCCCAAGAAGUCUCGUAUUUCCCGAAGCAGAGAAUCGGCUAUGGAGUGCUGUGAGUGUGCUCGAGAGCUUUGUCGUCAACCGGGGAUCCAUCGUCUAA